AUGGGUCUCUUCAAGUCGAGCGACAAGUCAGCCGACGGCCAGGGCGAGAAGAAGUCGCUCUACCAGCGCUACCAGGACAGCAAGCGCGGCGAGCCCAUCAGCGACGCCGACCUGCUCAAGUACACGGGCAAGACGCGCGACGAGUUUGACGGGUGGAAGGAGACGCAGCCGGGCGUCGGCCGCAACCAGCUCGCCAGCACCCUGGCCAUGGGCAACGCGGCCGGCCUGGGCGGCGUCGCCACGGCCGGGGGCUACGGCGGCUGGGGCCCCGGCGCCGCGCCCAACGAUGCGAACCGCGGUAUGAAGUUUCCGCCGCAGCAGCCGCAAAAGUCAGACAAGGAAAAGGCUCUGGAAGAGAGCGACUAA